AUGAAUUAUGAAGAUUACUCUAAUGUUAUCAAGAACGGUCCCCGGUUUGUUGGAGGCCAAUUCCUGAUAGUGAAAACCGAACUUCCGUGCCUCGACGGCUACUUUAUCCUCAGUGGCGGUUUGGCUAAGCUUCUCCGACAGAUUAGUCGUAGCAUUUGUCCACUUCGUCGUAUUCGAUUGUCACAGAUAUGGAGAAGCCAUUGCCAAAGUCCAUUACUGUCGACUGUUUUCAUCAGUCCAUUUGCUACGAGGGCAUCAGCCAACUUUGUUCCCAUUUUGGGCGUCUUGAUCAUUCAUCUUGGGCAUGUCCUACAAAUAUUGCUAAAAAUCUCCAUCGAUCAGCCAGCUCCUUCUCCCGGCUCUGGUUACUCCAUCGGCUUCUCCAGAGGAGUAUGGUUCAACGAAAGAAGCCGCCCAAAAAGCAAACAUCCCCACCAGCGGCUGCCGCCUCUGCUAAAGCUUCUUCUUCCACUAAAGGUGUCAGGAUACCACAUAGGGAAAAUACAUCUUGUUGCUAAAUGCUUUUAUUCUAGACCAAAGAUUCCAUGGUAUCUCCUUUUCAUUUAUCUUCUCAGGAAUAUCGGGCUAGCUAGAAAUCCAGUAGUUUUUGGAAAACCUUCCAUUUUACAUUCUGUUCUCAAUCGCUCCUUUGUGAGCGCUGCAACCUCGACAAACAUUCGCAUUCAUUCUCUUCCAAACUUCACCGCUGUUAGAUGGCAGCCCCCUGAUCGAGGUUUGAUUAAAUUAAAUUGUGACAGCUCAUCCAUAGGAAACCCCGGGUUCGCUGGUGCGGGAACUCUCCUUAGAGAUCAUGAUGGCCUUUGGGUCGCUGGUUGUUAUCGUUUUCUGGAUUUUACAUCAAACAUGACAGCAGAGCUUUGGGCUCUUCGCGACGGACUAUAUCCGCGACCUUCCGCCGUAGUCGGUUGGUCCAUGUUUUCAGAGAGAGCAAUCGUUGUGCAGACGCGUUGGCACGCAAAGGCAGCAACCCAACUUUUCUCUAAAAUUUGUUCUCUCGGGACUAAUCGCUUGCCUUUGUUAUAUUUACUUUGAACUUCCUAGUUUUAUGCUUAGUUUUAUUAAUGCCGAUAAGGCAGGACUUGCUAUGUACCGAACUUGUUUCUAAAUUUCUUUUAUGAAUGAAUGUUCCUUUAUUUACCAAAUGAAAAA